UCGAGAUUCAAGUAUGCAGUGGGAUUUGCGAAUCCACCCCGCAAAAAUCCACGACGAGUAAAAACUGGCGUAACAUUACCGUACGAUAACGCUUCAAAUUGAGAUAAUAUCUCUCUGUUAAAUGGUGAUUGUCGAUGCCAUGGAAAGAAGGAUAAAACUGAAAACUCUGAACAGUCACAUAACAUGCAAGAUAUGUCGCGGAUAUUUAAUUGACGCUACUACUGUUACUGAAUGUUUACAUACAUUCUGCAAGAGCUGUUUGGUAAAGCAUCUAGAGGAGAAGCAUACCUGUCCGACAUGUCAAAUUGUGAUACAUCAAUCACAUCCACUACAGUACAUCAGCUUCGACAGAACUAUGCAGGAUAUUGUAUACAAAUUAGUUCCUGAUCUUCAAGAAAAUGAAAUCAAAAGAGAAAGAGAAUUUUACAGAGCCAGAGGUUUGCCUUGUCCUAAAGAUAUUCUGCCAAACGCUGGAGAAGUUGAGGAAGAGAAAGCCAAUGCUGACGCACAUGCAGAAUCAGAUUAUCAUCGUACUGAUGAACAGGUUAACGUAUGUUUGGAGUGUACAAACUCAAGUUUGAAGACUCUGAAGAGACGAUUUAUCAGGUGUUCAGCUCAGGCGACGAUAACGCAUAUGAAAAAGUUCAUUGCCAAAAAGGCUUUGAAUGGUAUGGAAAAAUAUAGAGAUAUCGAUAUUUUGUGCAAUAACGAAUUAUUAGGUAAAGACCACACAUUGAAGUUUGUUUAUGUGACGAGAUGGAGGUUCCGGGACCCACCCUUGAGGUUACAAUAUAGGUCGCAUAUAGAUAUGCAAGAUUAA